ACGUAAAAUACGAUUAGAAAGACCAGAUCUUGUAUUCCUGCCAUGCUUUGCGCACCAGGCCAACCUAUGCAUUGGAGAUAUUUUUAGAUGUUCAUCACAAUACAAACGUGCGGCAGAGCAGGCAAUUGAAAUAGCAGCAUAUUUUACUGACCGAAAACAUUCAAAAGCAAUAUCCUUACUUUAUAAUGAGCAACAAAGAAUUUAUAAGACAAUUUAUAGCUUUGUUCGCCCUGUAAUCACCCGUUGGAAUUCCUACUAUUAUAGUUUCGCUGCCCUUAAUAGAAGUAAACGGGCUUUACAAUCGUAUUCAAUUCUUUAUUUAAAUUCAAAUGAGCUAUCAAGUAAAGCACGAACUGCUAUAAAUAGUGUGGCAUUUUGGAAGAAUGUUGAGAUUACUGAUUGUUUGUUGCCAUUUGUUAGUAUUUUAGAUUACCUUCAGCGUGAUGCUGCAAAUCUUUUUGAUGUAACUUAUUCAUUUACAUAUGUUGCACAACAGUACGAGGAUGAAACUGACGG